AAGACGUUCUCGCCUAAACUUCCCCGCUUCUUCUGUGAACUUUCUCAUUCUCUGUAUUUUUCUUGCAUUGCUAUCAAUUCUUGAGCCUUUUUGCUCCUCAUGUUUUCUCUCGAACUGUGGUGUGGACACAUGUUAAUGUUGUCGUUUUCUCUUGCUUAGUGAAAAAUAUUUUAUAUCUACCCAACAGUUUUUGGUCUCUUUCUAUUAAUUUCGUCCACGUUUGGCCCCAUUUUAACAUUGGGGUUUUCACUUUUGGUGAUUGGAAAAGUUGGAAAGGGAACUGGGUUUGGCUCAUAGGCUCUGACUGCUAAGCAACUGGAAGGAGAAGACUAAGGUUUUGCAAGAGGAGAAUAAAGCACCAUUCUUUUCUUCUUAGUGGUAGAAUGGCUGCAACAGCUGCUAUGCCAAUAUCUCAAGAGGCAUCCAACCAUGAUGAGGUUUUGAUGCAGCAGAGCUUGCUCUUUUCCGAUAGUCUCAAGGACUUGAAAAAUCUUAGAACACAGCUAUACUCAGCAGCUGAGUAUUUUGAACUGUCUUACACCAAUGAUGAACAAAAGCAGAUAGUCAUGGAAACAUUAAAGGACUAUGCCAUCAAAGCUCUUGUAAAUACUGUGGACCAUUUGGGUUCUGUGACGUAUAAGGUUAAUGAUCUUCUGGAUGAAAAAGUUGAUGAGGUUUCUGGAACAGAGCUUCGCGUAUCUUGCAUCAAACAGAGGCUUCGGACUUGCCAAGAAUAUUUGGAUCAUGAGGGAAUUUCACAACAAUCACUGAUGAUAAAUACUCCAAAGUACCAUAAGCGGUACAUCUUGCCAGUUGGGGAGACCAUGAAUGGUGCAAACAACGAUUCACAGUACCAAGGAUGUAGUCUAGAUGAUGAUGACUGGCAUCAGUUUAAAAAUGCUGUUCGAGCUACCACUAGAGAAACCCCAACACCACCACUAAGAAAAGGGCAUUCUCCAUCACCUUCUCCACGGCCUCCACAGCGAUCUGCAACCUUUUCAUUUACUUCUACCAUGCCCAAAAAAGAGCUAGACAAACGUACUGUAUCACCGCACCGAUUUCCUCUACUGCGUUCAGGGUCUGUUUCCAGGCCUACAACUCCAACUAAGAGCAGGCCAACCACUCCAAAUUCAACUGCUGCUAGACAACGGUACCCCUCGGAGCCCAGGAAAUCAGCUUCUAUGCGUAUCCAACCUGAAAAAGAGAGCCCCAAAGAGAUUGAACAAUACCCUAGCAAAAGUAAGCGACUGCUUAAGGCAUUGCUCAGUCGCCGCAAAUCAAAGAAAGAUGAGAUGUUAUAUUCUUACCUGGAUGGAUACUGAAGGAAAAAGACAAGAAGAACAGAGCGCCAAGGUUGUCAAUUGCAAUGCCCAAAGAGAAAAAGUGGUCAAAGAAAGAGAAAUGGUGGAUGAUGAAUCCUUUCCCUUUUUGAAUGCCUUUUCCCCUUUAUAUCUUUUUCUUUUCAUAUUUGAAUUAGAAGAGAUGAAUAGCAGUUUGAUUUUUGUCUUAGAGGCAUGCAUUCCUGUUAUAUAUCAUACAUCAUAGUCUGCAAUGUUGUAUAUUAUAUUGACACCGGGAACAAUAUUUAAUAUUAACCUUUUCCAAGUUUUAUGAAAGGCAAAUUUAAUUUAUAAUAUAUCUAUUGAGGGAGGAAUCUCAACUUGCUCUAUCUUCCUCUUUCUUCUAGUUUCUUCACAGGAUUAACAGGAAAGAAAAAUUCCAGGAUGUCUUACUCUUCUGUCAGAUUUCCAACCCUUUUCGUUUCUGCAAAUCAUUCAUGACAUGGGAAGGUCCUGCAAGGGGCCAAUCUAGCAUCUGAUUUCAGAAUUGUGUACUCACUAUAGAGAAAGAGUUGCAUGGAAAGGUCAUUGACCAUAUGCCUCAGUGAACUUGAGAACCAACCCCUACAAUAAUUAUCAUCUUAAGAU